GUUGCCCCGCCAACUUUUCUGGUCAACUUUGUUACGCAAAAGGAUUUAAUAUCAGUAGCUUUUCUGACCAUCUUUUCAGUCUAGGAUAAGUUGCAAUACGCUAACACCUAAAUGAUAUUGAAUUAAUUGAUUACACGAAACUGUUGCAAUCGUGACGUCACCUUUUGAUGACCAGUGGUCGUACCUGUCUUCGCUUGUCCCAUUCAGUCUACUAGCCAAUGUAGAGACUAGACAGCAUAUUGUACGUGUUGUGUGUGUGUGUGUGUGUGUGUAGAUUUAAAACAGCUGACGUAUUCUAGGGAUGGUGACUAUUUGCUACCAAUCAUCAGUUAACGAGACACCAUCAUUGUUUCAUCAACAACCUUCGAUGGUAUUUUAUAGCCGCAGGGAUGGCUUAUCAGAAAUCGAUACCAAGUAAAGACAACUCCAAUUCUAUUUCUACAAGAUCUCUUUCUCAACAAGUGCAAGAACUGACAGUCAAUGGUAUCAUCACAGCCAGACCGGGCACUGCAGGGAUGUUGUCAAGGCACAUGCUUGAUGACUUCAGGCCACCCGUUUCCAGGCUCGACUGCCGCCGUCGUAAGAGAAGUGAUGUGCAUGCAAAUGGAUGGAAUAAAUCAAUUGGCGAGCUGCGGUCAUUUUCUUCCACAGGCAGCUUCAACACAUUGCCAUCACAGAUUUUUAUGUUGGAUGUGAGCCAGAGAUCUUGGGUAGAAAAAACAUUUGUGAAAAGAGAAUGUAUCAAAUUUAUUCCAUCACUUCGAGAUACCACGAGAUGUUCUUGUGGAAGAAAUGAAUAUUGGCAUAGACAAACUGGGGCUUCCUGGCUAGAGAGUGGCCAUUUAGAAAAAUGGCAUCCUUUAAAGCAUACUGAGCCAAAGCCAACUGAUGCAUAUGGAACAAUCGAGUUUCAAGGGGGCCCACAUCCCAGUAAAGCACAGUACAUGAGACUAAGUAGCCUAGACACAAGACAGGACAAUGUUUUGACUCUUCUAUUUAAGCACUGGGGUCUAGAUCUUCCUAAGCUGCUUAUAACAGUACAUGGAGGAAUAUUAAACUUUGAACUUCAGCCCAAAUUAAAGCGGGUCUUCAGAAAAGGGUUGCUUAAAGCUGCUAGAACAACAGGAGCUUGGAUAGUCACAAAUGGCACAAAUACAGGUGUAACCAAACAUGUAGGGGAUGCCAUUAGUGAUAGAACAACAAAGACACACAAUAAAGUAGUUGCUAUUGGUAUAACACAAUGGGGUAUUGUGGAAAACAAAGAGUCUUUGAUAGGGAGAGAUAAAGUUGUUCCCUACCAUUGUGUGUCUUCUACAAAAUCAAAUUCUUCAGUUUUAAAUAAUAACCACUCUUACUUUGUACUGGUAGACAAUGGAACUGUGGGUAAAUAUGGAGGAGAAAUUCUUUUUCGAAAGAAGUUUGAAAAGUACAUUGCUCAGCAAAAAAUUGGCAUAGGGAGUGGUUUCAGAGGCCAUUCUGUUCCUGUGAUCUGUGUGGUGCUGGAAGGUGGGGCCAACACUAUACGUUCUGUCUUAGAGUAUGUUACAGACACUCCCCCAGUUCCAGUUGUUGUAUGUGAUGGUAGUGGUCGAGCUGCAGAUCUUUUGGCGUUUGCCCACAAGUACACUAUGGAUGAUGGCACAAUGGCAGAGUGUCUAAGGGACCAGUUGAUUCUCACCAUACAGAGGACAUUCAUGUACAGUCAGGAACAAGCUGAAAAACUUUUCAUUGAAAUUAUGCUUUGUGUCAAGAAAAAAGAACUGAUUACAGUGUUUAGAAUGGGAGACAAUGAAGAUUCUAAGGAUAUUGACUUAGCCAUACUUACUGCUUUAUUAAAAGGUACGACUGCCAAUCCUAUAGAUCAGCUUAAUUUGGCAUUAACCUGGGAUAGAGUGGACAUAGCUCGAAGUCAUAUUUUUGUUUAUGGACAAGAAUGGCCAGAAGGUGCCCUUGAAGUAGCCAUGAUGGAUGCCUUGAUAAAUGACAGAGUUGAUUUUGUUAAACUUCUCCUAGAAAAUGGAGUCAGUAUGCAUACAUUCCUGACCAUACCCAGGCUUGAGGAUUUAUAUAAUUGUCGGCAAGGUCCAACCAACUCACUUCGUUAUCUGAUCAGAGAUGUUAAAAAGAAUGUGCCCUCUAAUUAUUACUAUACACUGCCAGAUAUUGGUUUAGUGCUGCAGUUUCUAAUUGGAGGUGGCUUUAGAUCAUCUUAUUGCCGCAAAGUCUUUAAAAAGAGAUACUAUGCUUUUAAACACAAAGCUUCAUCUGUGACCACAUUGAUGAACUCAUUUUCUCAACCUCUCAACACUAAGCAAGCAGAAGUACUUUUAAUGUAUCCAUUCCAUGAUCUCAUGAUCUGGGCUGUCUUGAUGAGAAGACAAAAGAUGGCACUUUUUAUGUGGCAACAUGGAGAAGAAGCUAUGGCAAAAGCACUCAUAGCUGGCAAAUUAUAUAGUGCAAUGGCUCAUGAAGCUGAACAAGAUGGUUCAGAAAUAGAGCAGUCAUUUAGAGCACAUUCAGAGGAGUUUUUAAAUUUGGCCUUGGAGUUGCUGAAUCACUGUUACAAAAUAGAUGAUGACUACACCCAGCAACUUCUUACUUAUGAACUUAAAAACUUCAGUGACCAGACCUGCCUUGGAUUAGCUGUACUGGCCAAUCAUAGACAGUUUAUUGCACACACAUGUUGUCAGAUGCUACUGAAUGAUCUGUGGAUUGGGGGACUUUGCAUGAGAAAAUAUUCCACUAUUAAGGUUAUCUUGGGAAUCAUCUUUCCACCAUUCUUAUUUGCUUUGGAUUUUAAAACUAAAGAAGAACUUCAGCUAAUGCCACAGACAGUGGAGGAACAUUUGGAUGAAUUAGAAGAUGCUUCAAGUGCUGACAACAUUUCAAUGUGUUCUCUCAGUGAAGACCAAGAUCCCAGUUUUGAGGAGGACAGAGCUGAGCCCAUUGGUCAAGUCAACCUGCUGGCUAUCUCUAAAGAGAACUGUAAUGUUGAGAGCAUUGUUGAAGGCGGCAAUGCCACUGUUGAACAUUUUGUCUCACCAAUAGCCUAUGGUAAAAAGAAGAGCCCUUUGAGGAUGGGAAAAAAGGCCUAUGAGUUCUAUAAUGCUCCUAUAACCAAAUUUUGGGUACAUUUUCUUGGCUAUUUGUUUUUUUUGAGUAUCUACUUUUAUGUGAUUCUGGACCGAUUAAAGGAAAUACCAACAUGGGCUGAGAUCUAUGUUACGGUGUGUAUAUUUACAACAGCAGGAGAAAAAAUAAGACAGAUUGUUGCCUCUGAGCCAGUAACUCUGGAAAUGAAACUCAAUGUUUACAUUUCUAAAGUUUGGAAUAUUCUAGAUACUUUAUGUAUUGUCUUGUUUUUCAUGGGAUUUGCCUUAAGAUUUUUCCCCUCCACUUUAAAUGAUUCACAAAUGAUAUACUGUCUAGACAGUGUUUUCUGGAAUAUCAAAAUGCUAGAGAUUUAUUCGGUCAACAAAUAUUUGGGUCCUUUUGUCAAAAUAAUGGGCAAAUUGCUAAAAGAUAUGUGUUACUUAUUGACUAUAGUCUUCUUAGCUGUUACAUGCUAUGGUAUUGUGAGACAAACUGUUCUUUAUCAAAACAAAGAAGUUUCUUGGCCAAUGCGAUUACGAAAUGUUUGGUUCUACCCUUAUUGGAACAUAUAUGGAGAAUUAUUUGCUGAGGAAAUAGAUCCUUGUGAUCUUGAAUCUAACAGAGAUUCUCAAGGCAACUGCACAGUGUAUGCUUCUUGGCUGGCUCCUGCGUGUAUGUGUAUAUUUAUGUUAGUUGCCAAUAUUUUGGUGAUCAACUUAUUGAUAGCUAGAUUCAAUGCCACAUUUAUUCAUAACAAUGCCAACUCUAAGGAGAUCUGGAUGUUCCAAAGAUACAGUCUAGUCCUCCAGUAUGAAAUGAGACCCAUACUUCCUCCUCCUUUUAUUUUAGUCACUCACAUUUACUUAGCCUUCAAAUACAUUAGACACAGGUGCAAAGGAAAGAGAACCUACUAUGACAAUGGAUUAAAAUUGUUUUUGUCUUAUGAGGACACUGAGAAACUACAUGACUUUGAAGAAGAAUGUUUAGAAGACCUGCACAGAGAAAAAGAUUUAAGGCAUCAAAGUUCAGCCGAAGAACGUUUGAAAUGUAUUGUAGACAGAGUUGAGAACAUGUCCCUGAGACUUGAUGAUAUUAACAUGAAGGAAAAUCAUCUUCAACUUACACUUGGAGUCUUGGAGCAUCAUAUGAGCCGAUUUGAUGAUUUGGAAAGGUGUUUAUCAGAAACUUUAACUCUUGUGGAUUCUUUGACAGGAAGAGCUGAAUCUAACAGUGCUGAGUCAUUGGAAAAAAACACACAAAUGACUACCAAUCAUUUGAGCUCUACCUGUAAAAGGAGUUUUAAAUCCAGCUUUAGACAUGUCCCCAGUCAGCAUCAUGAAAGUUUGUUCCAAAGUGGAAUUGUGGAUAAAAAUGAAAAAGACAAUCUUAGCAGAAAAGACAAUCAGUCAUUUCCAAAUGAUGGAUCUCAAGAAACCUUUGGUGAUGUAUAUUCUUUUGAUAGCUGUAAUAAUUUUAACCUGGCAACCAAUCCAAAUGUAUUAAAAGAUUCAAAGAUGAUUGAUGAUAUGAUGAAGCCCAUGUGCAUUGCAACUGCUCCAAAGAAAAACUCUUUAGUUCAUCAGAAUGAUUUAAACAUGUCUCCUGCUAGUCAGGAAGAAAAGCCUCAGAACCAACCCAAUACUUGUUCACAAACUGUAUUUAUAAGACAAGAACAGGAAGAUAAUUUGAGAGAGAAAAUCCAGGCAGCUUCAUUUUAUGUGGACUCUACAGACAUUGCAGAUAUCAAUAAAUCAAUUUCUUCAUCUGUUUCCAGAAACUGUUCAUUAAGAGAUAAAAAUUUUUCUAUAGGCCAGCCAUUGACUGUAAACACCAGUAUUUCUCAGGCAGUCUUUAAUCACAGCAGCUUACCACAAUCAUCUGCUUGUUUCACUUCUAACAACCAAGACAAAAACCCUCCCUGUAUGAUGUGGAGCUUUCUUACUCCAACAAUUGGGGAGUACACCAGUAUUACAGACACAAUCACUUCAUCUUGCUUCAAGGACUGCCCUCCACCUUGUUCCCCUGUAGCCCAAUCCUCCAUCAUGUUUACCCUAGGGGACAAUUUCAAUGAGAUUGAUGGAAAACACAAGGACAUUUCUUCAGUUGACUAUAAACAGAUGGAGCUAAAGAAGGCUGAAGAAAUUGAGCAUCAAGGAAUGGAAACCAUCAUACGUCGCAGACUUCACCAAAUAUCCCAGGAUGAACGUGGCAGUAUUAGUGAUAUAGCCAAAGUGGUAGUUGCUGAGUUCUCUGCAGGAGAUUUAAAACAAACUUCACAAGAAGAUAGUGGGUCUGAAAUCAUGUCAAUAUUAACACAGGAAGAAUAUGAAUCAAAUGAGGCUUUAGACCUACAAGAACUUGUGGAUUCUAUGAUAGUUCCUAGUAUGAUUUUAGCUGAACAAGACAAUAUUCAAUUUGAAGAGUCAUAAAGCCUAUUGCAGCCCUUUUGUUGUAGGCUGUUCUACCUAGUUGUGUACUUUGGUCAUGAGUAUAAAAGUUUUUUAAAUCCUUAAUGAAGCUAAUAUAAUUUUAACACUAAAAAGAAAAAUGUUAAAUCUUAGUUCUUGUAUACCUUAAUAUAAUUUUUAUAAAAUUGAUUUUAAUGUAAAUUUUUAAAGAAAACAUUCAUUGCAAAACAAAUGUCUGUCUUGAAGACAUUUGGGUUUUCUCUGUCUGUCAAUAAAUGUGAAGACAUUUUGAAUUUUGUCUUUUUUUUUCCUACAAAAUUUGCUGAAAGUCUUCUUAUCUUAUCUUAUAUAAUACAGACGUUACUUCAAAAAAGAAGAUGAUUACAUCCUACGCGUCAUGCAUUUAGUCAUGCAUAUUAACCAAUGACUUAAAUUCUGCCAAGUCACUGGUUUUCCUGGCUAGCUCAGGCAACCCAUUCCAUGCUCUAAUAGCACUAGGGAAGAAGGAGUAUUUGUACAAAUUUGUCCUAGCAUAAGGGACGAGGAAUGUGCCUUUAUCUUUGUGUCUUUCAGAGUAUUUUAUUAAAUUUUGUUUUUGUAUUUGAAGAUUAUGGUUCAGUGUUUUAUGUAUUAUUGCUACUUUACUUUUGAGCCUUCUGUCCUGAAGGCUUUCUAAAUUUAGUGAUUUUACUAAAGGUGUUACUCUGGUCAAAUGUGAAUAUUCGUUUGUUAUGAAUCGCACUGCUCUAUUUUGUGUCUGUUCUAGUUUCUUAAUGUUUUCUUGAGUUGAGGGGUCCCAGACAGAGGAUGCAUAUUCUAUUAUUGGCCUAACCAAGGUUAAAUAACAUUUUAGUUUUAUGUUCUUAUUUGAUUUAUAGAAAUUUCUUUUAAUAAAUCCUAAUGCUUUGUUUGAUUUUUUUGUAGUUUCAUCAAUAUGUGGAUUCCAUGACAGUUUUUCAUUUAUUAUAACACCUAGGUAUUUUGCGUUUUUAGUCUGUGUUACUGGUUUGCCAUGAAUAAGAUAAGUGGAAUUUAUUUGUUUUAGUUUUUUUGUUACUCUUAACAACUGACAUUUUUCUGGGUGGAAAGACAUGCUCCAAUUUGAUUCCCAUUUCUGUAAUUCAUCUAAUUCUCUUUGCAAAAUAUCUGUGUCUUGUGUUGUUUUUAUUGUUCUAUAUAUUAUGCAAUCGUCUGCAAAUAAUCUGACUUUUGUUCCUGAACUAAUGCAAUUUGGUAAAUCAUUUAUGUAAAUUAAAAAUAGUAGUGGACCCAAGACUGUUCCUUGAGGUACACCUGAGUUUACUGUUAUCGGUGUUGAUUUAGAGCCAUUUAUUAUUACAGUUUGUUCUCUCCCUAUCAGAAAGUCUUUAAUCCACUGAUGCAGUGGACCAUUAAUGCCGAAAUAUUUUAAUUUUUUAAGCAAACUAUGGUGGUGAACUUUGUCAAAAGCCUUAGAAAAAUCUAGUAAGAUAGCAUCUAUUUGUUCACUAUUAUCUAAACCUUUUGAAAAAUCAUCAAUUAGUCCUAUUAGUUGUGUUUCACAUGAUCUAUAUUUCCUAAAGCCAUGUUGGUAUGGUGUGAGGACAUUAUGUUUGUCAAAGUGGUUUAUGAUGUUGUCAUAACUAGUGUCCAUUAAACUUUAAGAAUAAUGUGUUUUUUUUGUGUGUAAAUUAUUCAAUACUGGUAGCCUAUAUAGAAGACUCUAAUAAUUUGAUGAAGCAUUGUCUUUUUGCAUUUUUUACAUUCUAGUGUGCUAAAGAUGUAAUGAAACACACAUGUAUUGAGUUUUGUCUAGACCUUUACAAAAAUAUUUUGUUCUAUGUGCUGUACAGUGAAGUUCUCACUCACUCACUUCUUGUUUUCAUGUUAUAAUUUUUUUUUUAGUUGAACAUAGCCAACAAUGAAGUGUUGUUUUAUUUUUCUAAUUUUAAUGUUCCCUGUUCUGUUGACCUUGGGAGCACUGCUCCACAGGCUAAUCUUUUUUAAAGAAAUAAUUUAUCAAAAACAUUUUUUUGUUUUUAUGUUAGAAAUUGUUCUUCUUCAUAAAAUGUGCCUUUUAUAUUAUAAAUAUUUUCUGUACCCAAUUUUAAGAUUUUUUUGCAUUUAUUUUGCUCUAUCUCUUGACUAUUAUGAAAAUGGAGAUCUACAUUCUUGUUACAUUUCUCUUCAUUAAUGUGUCAAGAUGAGCUCUACUGAUGUCCUGUUACUGUUUUACUGAACCCUGAAAUUGCUAGUUUUACAAUUUAUGCAUAUCCUUGAUUAGUUCAAGACUCAAAUUUUGUUGUUUUUUUAAAUCUAGUCCAGCAUGCUAUCAUCCAGCAUGCUAUCAUCCAGCAUGCUAUCUAGUCAAGAAGGCGAUAUAGUCCAGCAGAGUAUCUAAUUUGUCAUUCUGUCAAUCUUUUUUAUUUUUAUCUUUUUAUGAAUUCGGCUUCUGUAUGUUUUAUGUACAUGUUUCAGAGAGAUUAAUAAUAGAGAAAUAUUUCAUGUUAAACUUUUUGUGUGUAGACUACUGGUAUUAAAUAUUUUUUUAAUGAUUUUGAAUAUAUAUUUAUCAAAGACACUUUAUAUAUUUAAAUUGUUAUACACAUGUACAUAUAAGUAUUUUAGUUGAUUGUUAUACAUCAGUUUUUAGUCUAGUUUCCUAUAAAGAUGUUGUAUACUAGCAUUAAAUGUUUUGAUAAUUAUAAGAAUAAAACUUUUUUCUAAAGUAAAUGCUAUGCAAUAGUACCUUCUACAGUAAGAUUCAACAGUAGCUUAGAAAUAAAACAUGUUUAAAUGUACAAAUAACUUGAUCACAUCCAAUAAUAAUUGACUUGUCUUCAAGUCCGAAGAUUUAGGAGUGCAGUAUUUCACUUGGCUAUGCACUAUUAGCUGUGAUUUACAUAUUUUGCCACAUUCAGUGCAAACAUAACCAUAGUCUGCCUGUGGUCAGUUUAGGUUCUCUUUUCUACUUAUGCUACAAACAAAGUAUGAAAUCUAGCAAUCUAUAGAAUGCCUGAAAGACAGACUCCUUGCAAAUGCCUACAUUUAUGAGCUAUUAAACUUUUACUUUCUUAACAUCAUAUUAGAAAAAGUCAUAAUAAGAGCAUUAUGUAUUUCUAAUAAACUGUGUAGUAAAUAUUAUUUAAGAUGUAAUUUUUUAACUGCACAAUUUGAAGAAAAUCAAACAACAGUAAUUUGAAUGUUAUAUACAUUUCAGGCUGUCAUAAGAAUAGUAAUAAUAAUCUCAGACUCAAACCUCUCUGCAGGAUCUAUAUAUUUUUCAAAAAUAUUUUUGAACACAAAGUUUGAUUUUAAUUACAAGUUUAUUUUAGUAACAGGUGCAUUAAGUUUUGGUCUAAACUAUUUGACCAAUUACUUUGAUCAUAGUGGAUUUUUUUUUUCCUUUUAAAUACUUUAUCCUAUUUUUCUUUUUUAAAUCUUUUAAACAUUUUUCACAUUAUGUAAUUCUUAUUUACUUUUCAAAUUUCAUAUUUCUUGUGUUUUAUCCAUUGAAGUCAUUUCUGAAUGGAUCUUAUAUUACACAGAUUUUGUGUUUAAUAAUUAAAGUGCUUUACCAUAAAAAUUUUCAAUACAUAAAGAGUAAAGAAUCAAUAAGUAAUGAGAUAAACAUGUUUUACAUUGUGUUACAUCUUAGCAGAAGAAAUAUUUAACUUGUCAUUUCCUGUCAACUAUUUUCUUAUUCUACUAGUUUAAUAAAAGCUAAUAAAAGCUGUUUACAUUAUUUUAAAGUGUAGAUUAGAUGUUUAGAACUUGGUGAUAUGUAUUCAUUGUACAAAUAAAAAUCCUGUUAUCAAGCCAUGUAAAAUUUAAUUAUCCAAAAUAUAUUACCAGUAAAUUUUUUGGCUUAAUUAUAUUUUCAUUGGCAACAUUUGCUUUAUCAGAAUGUUGGUACUUGCUUAUUUUCACCAUUGCUCUACUUUUUAUUUGAAGCAAUAUACAUUUUGUCUUUGAAUGCUGUGUAUAUUUUCUUCCUCAGGGAAUUUUAUUGAAAAAUCCUUUUUUUUUUAAAUUAAUUGUUUUUUUCAUUGUUUGUUUAUAAUUUGUUUUACAUUUGGUCUUUCCCAAGAUCCGCUAUAAAGUGCAUUUCACUGCUGAAGCUUGUGUUUCCAUGUUUUUAUUCUUUUCAACAAAAUUUGUUGUCUGCAUAUUUUUCUAGUGCCUUAUAUGUUUGGUAAUAAUGCAAUGGUAAUAAAAUGUAUAUUACUAGCUUGCUGAGGCAAAAAUCAAACCCAUCAGUUGUAUUGUUUAUUAUUCUUUACCUA